CUCUCUCUCUCUCUCUCUCUCUCUCUCUCUCUCUCUCCCUCCUCAUUUGUAGUUUUAUCUGGUCAUGGUGCUCUCUCUGGCCUCCUGUGUUUCGGCUCGCUCCCUCCUCCUCUUCCUCCUCCUCCCUCUCCUGCUCCUCCUCCUGUGCCCCGGCCCGGUGGGCGGCUGCCCGGCCCGCUGUGAGUGCUCAGUGCCGACACGCUCUGUCUUGUGUCACCGCCGGCGUCUGGUCACCAUCCCUGAGGGCAUCCCCAUCGAGACGCGCCUGCUUGACCUGAGCAAGAACCGGCUGCGCAGCCUGGCGCCGCAGAACUUCUCGCAGCUGCAGCAGCUGGAGGACCUGGACCUCAGCACCAACCUGCUCUCGUCGGUGGAGCCCGGCAGCUUCCGCGCUCAGCCACGGCUGCGCUACCUGCGCCUGCGCGGCAACCAGCUGACGUUGCUCCCGCGCGGUGCGCUGGCGGGGCUGGGCGAGCUGCGGCUGCUGGACCUGAGCCAGAACAAGCUGGUCAUCCUGCUGGACGGCGCCUUCGAGGAGCAGCAGCGGCUGGAGACGCUGGAACUGAGCGACAACGAGCUGGUGUUCGUGGCGCCACGCGCCUUCAGCGGCCUGCUGGCGCUGCGCCAGCUCACCCUGCAGCGCUGCAACCUGAGCGCCGUGCCGGGCCAGGCGCUGUCGCAGCUGCGCAGCCUGGAGACCCUGCGCCUGAGCCAGCUGAAUGUGGCCGAGGUGCCGCCGCACACCUUUCGCAACAUGCCGCGCCUCAGGCACCUGCAGCUGGAGCACCUGCCACUGCUAGAGACCCUCCCCAGCCCGGCGUUCCUGGGGCUCAACCUCAGCACACUGGCUGUGACGCACACCAACCUGUCAGCCGUGCCCGCGCUGGGUCACCUCAGGCACCUCACCCACCUCAACCUGUCCCACAGCCGGGUGCGCGUGCUGCGGGCCGGGGGCUUCCGCGGGCUGGCCAAGCUGGAGGAGCUGCGGCUGCACUCGUCUGCGCUGGAGCGCAUCGAGCCCGACGCCUUCCUGGGCGUGUCUUCGCUGAGGCUGCUGGACGUGUCGUCCAAUCGGCUGGCCACAUUGGAGCGCUCCUCAUUCCCCGAGGUGCACGAGCUGAGCCUGCAGGCGCUGGUGAUCGGCCGGAACCCGCUGGUGUGCGACUGCCGCCUGCGCUGGCUGCUGCAGAGGGUGCCGCCACUCCUGAACGCUGGCGAUAAGAAGAGCCCAGAUGACAUCCCGCCUGAGUGCAGCGCCCCUGCGUCACUGGCCUCGAAGACCCUGCGUGACGUGUGGGCCGACGCCCUGCUGGCGAGGCUGGUCACCUGCACCAAGCCACGUGUCAUCGCCGUGGCAACCUCGCCCGUGCAGGUGGAGGAGGGCCAGCGGGCGUGGCUUAACUGCAGUGCUGACGGGGCCCCGCCCCCGGCCGUUUCUUGGGUGACGCCCAGCCGCCGCCACCUGACCACUAAGAGCACGGGGCGCGUGGUCGUCCACGGCGACGGCUCCCUGGAGGUGCGCAUGGCCGAGCUGCAAGACAGCGGCAUCUACGUGUGCGUGGCCUCCAACCCGGCGGGCAACGCCACCCUGUCCGCCUCGCUGGCCGUUAAGAGCCUGCCCGCUCGCGAGCGCUCCCUCCUCGCCAACCGCAGCCUGCAUUACGACUGGCCUGACGCAGACUACAACAACAACGGCGGCGGUGCCCACAACACCUCCCUGCACAGCAACAGCACAGAUCGCUACGCUCGCGUGCGCGUGGCCCUGGAUUUCACCACCAUCCUGGUCUCCACGGCCAUGGGCUGCCUCAGCUUCCUGGGCGUGGUCCUCUUCUGCUUCCUGCUGCUGUUCGCCUGGAGCCGCGGCAAGGGCAGGCACCGGGGCAGCGUGGACAUCCAGUACGUGCCCCGCAAGCGCAAGACCGGCGGCAACGAGGUGCCCGAGACCAGCGGCCCGCGACGGGUCAACAUGAAGAUGAUCUGAAGCUCAACGGCCUUUCGAACGCCGCGAGCCCCAGCCCCGUUCGACGAGCAAACCGGCGGUGAAAUUUUGAAGAGGAGAAUGUGUGCCUGAGUCUUGCCACAUGGUCCAAGAGAGCAAGUGUGGGGAGUGUGUGUGAGGGUGGUAGGGGCCUCUGUGGAGGGUGGAAAAAAGUACAGCUGAGGAGGGGAGGUCUACAGGGUUUCAGAUCAGCCUGGGUGUUUGGGACAGAGGAAUGGGUCGAACAGGGAAAUUAUUCGCUCGAAGUUUACCAUUACUGAGAACAGGGUGAUGAAACAGCUGUUUACCAUUUUAGAAUUAUUAUGAGGGACCAAUAGGGAUUGAGCUAGAGGAGAAACAGAUGCCAAUGGAUGCAUGGACUCUCUCUCACACACAUGCAAAAACACACACACACACACAUAAAUGAGGGGGUAACAGACACUGAAAUGUGGGGGUAAAAGAGAAUGUGCAGACAUGUGGGUAUGCGUGUGUGUUGGAUUGUUUAUAUGUGUGUGUGUGUGUGAGUGUGAGUAUACCUCUAUAUGUGAGUGCAUCUGCUGGUGCUUGUGCAUGUGCCUGUGUGUGUGUGUGUGUGUUUGUUUGUAUGU